GGGUUUCUUCUGCGGCAGAACGCUCGCCUCCAUCGGACGAAUAUGUUCCAGCCUCACCAUGGUGAGUCCUGCUUCAUCCUUUUGCUAAUUGCUUUUCCGUAGAAAAAGAAAACCAGCGCUGCAGGGAUUCAGACACUGCAAUGAACCCUGUAGACCGAAGCCCGCAAAAGUUGGACCUCCAAGAGCACCUAGCCGAUGAAAAGAACCGGAAAUGAAGAACGUUGCGGUUCCAGCGAUCCUGAUCGCAUUCUGGAGCCUGACGAUCGUCCAGGGUAAUUUCGUGCGAGAAGGGGACAUCUGCGGACCCCACAAUGGCCGAAGGCUCUAUCUGGAGCUGGGGGAACAAGGUCUCCUGUACGGAAGGAACAUCUCGUCCCCCAGGCCUCCACAGGACCCAACAUCCCGGCCACAGGACGAAGCCAUCGUGACGAAUAGUUCCCACGAGCAGUGCAGUUUGGAGCUGGUGACCUGUCCCUCUUGCAUCAUCGUCGUCACCUUCAAGAGUCUCAACCUGGCGCACCACUGUAGGGAUGGAAGCGUCACCGUCGACAGCCCCUGCAGAUGCGACUACGUGUGGCUCUCGGAACCGCCCUACGAGGACGUGUCCGGGACUCCAUUUUGCGGUCUCUUUUCGCCAAUCACCCACCGAUCGAGUACCCGGACCUUGUCGAUCGCCCUCCUGUACAGCCAGGCUCACGUGGACGCCUUCACCAUCGAGUACACAUCCGAGAGGAACAGGAUUCACCUGAGUGGGUCGGACGUUGUGGCUGGGAUAGCGAAGACUGGGAAUGGAUCUACCGGGGGCAUCUUGACGUCCCCUUUCUUCCCAGCUAGGUAUCCCCGAGAUCUGGGAAUGGAGUACAUCGUCACCUGUCCUAGCGAGGCCCCCUCCUGCAGGGUCAGGAUACUCUUCAGCGACUUCCAGCUCGCCACGGUCUCUAUUAUGGAGUUUUACGACUGGAAUGGACAACGACUGGACGUCAGCAGCGGGGCCAGGUUUAGACCCCCUGUUAUAGUCAGCUCGGGUCCAUCGCUGCUGAUAAGGUUCUACGCUAACGGUGGCACCGGCCUCGGCUACAAGGCCUUCUACUCCUACGUGGUGGGCCAUUUGUAUGACAAAUCCAUCCAGCCGAUCACCGACUGCGGAGGAUACGUGGAAAACCUGGGGGGCGCCAUCACGAUGAUGGACAUAGUCGAUCAUGGCGUUAAGACCUACGACUGCGUAUGGCUUAUCAGGCCUCCCAAGAAUUUCCUCCACAUGAAGACGCAUAUGUACAUUAAGGUCGUCGCGUUCGCGGAGAUGGCUGGGACCACGGAGGUGGUGAUCAAGCAAGGACCUACUUCGGCUCUGAUGCCUCUGGAGGUGUUGAGGCAUCCUGUAAGCCAAUUGCAGCCGCCAAGACUUCGGGAACACGUUGCUCCAGUUUCCAGUGGAUUUCAUGUCAGUCUCAGAGGAAGUUUCGGGCCAACCUCCAGACUAGCUAUCUCUUACGCCGCGUUCAGCUACAUGGACUGCUUCACGGGUUCGGAUUUCCUCUGCCAGAAUCACAGGUGCAUCCCGAGUCAGCUGAACUGCGACGGGUUCGAUCAUUGCGGUGACAACAGUGACGAGCCGACGACUUGUUUCCGCGAAUGGGAGUUGGAGCCCCAGGACAGGAAGUGGCACAUCAACAAGGCGAACUAUUAUUUCCCGAAGAUCGACCGAUAUCCGGACCUGAAGACGGCCACCCUGGUCUUCGUUGCGAGUAGUCUUGGUCUGAUAAUUCUAAUAUCAGCUCUGAUAGUACUGCUCUACAGGAUGGGAGCCAGAGCUCGCCAACAAAGGGAGCUGCAGUCUCGUCUCCAGACCAUCAGCGAACUCCUAGUUUUCGACAUUGCAGACGGUGCCAGAAUAGACGAAAUCACGGUAUCCGAUGACCCUCCCGUGUACGAAGCUCCUCCAGGAUAUGACGAGGUCGUCAAAGUCGGGUUCGAGCACGAGACGGGAAGAAGAAGAAAACGAAGGAGUGCCUGCAGGGAACCUAGAAGUCGAAGCUCGCCGUCUACGCACUCGAUCGACAUCGAGCAGUUCGUUCCCCUGACUUCGGAAGGUGCCAGCACGAGCAGGAGUAGCCAGACAACCCCGGUUUUAUCGGAUUCGAAGAGCAACAUCCCGGAGAGCCCGCCACCACCAUACGUGACUCCUCCUGGGACCAUCCCCAGAAACCUGGACAUCUUUGGUCUUCCAUCCUGCUCCAUUGCUGCCAGUGGUUCUCCAAGCCUGAGUCGCCGAGGUCGCAGGUCUCGCAGGGCUUGGAAGCGCAGCAACACCGACCAGCAAUCCUCUUCAAGGACGUGUUCGCCUCAGCGAGCAGGACCAUCAGCGUCCCUGGACGCGGAGAUGCUGGGUGCGUAUCUCCGGGACUUCGAGGCGAACCUUGCUGAACCCUCUCCCCCACAGUCGACCAGCUCCUGCGGUGUUUCGACGAGGGAGAAACCAGGGUACGAAGACACGUCCAUCAGUCCCGAGAAGCGCGCCAGAGAUCGCGACAAUCUAGCAGAAGCGGAAACCUACGAGGGCGAGGUCGCAGGAACCAGCGACGACGCUAAGCUGAGCUGCACCUGCGAGGGAGCCUGCGGAUGUGCCAGCCAGAAGGAGAACCUGCUGCAGGACAAAAUGCUGGAGCCAGGCUCGCCAUGUUCGAAAAGUAGUAUAAUUAAGCUGCUGGGCAGUUCCAGAAAUUCUACGUCUCCUAGACGCACGGGUACCGCGGUGUCCGCCUCUUCCACGCCCCCCGGUACCCUGGGGAGAUCCUGUAGGAACUCCUUCAGGAAGGUGUCCGUCAGGUCCAGGGAUAGCUGUGUCUCCAGGAUCUCCAACAUCACCGGCAGCAACAGCUACGAGAAGCUGCAGGAUGAGUUCGAAAUCAUUUCGGAGACGGCCAGUGUGUUCACAGGCCCCAGCACCCUGGCGAACACCCCCAUCGACACGCCGAAAAUCACCUCCAGGAACAGGUCCCUGUCUUUGAGGAGGUACUCUAACUCCGACAUGGAUAGCCUGUAUGAGGGGAUAAGGAUUCUUGAUACCUUUCUAGCCAGAAGGGGCAACGGCGUGUCGGCUAGAAACCAGUCGGUCGCUGUUAUGGUCUUCGGGACCCCGGAACACAGGGCCAGGGCCAGUUGCUGCGAAACCACACCCUGUGUCGAUAAGAAGAGGGUCUGGAGAUCGAGCGAUGGCUUUCUUGGGAAUUGACCUUCCUUUUUUAAUCCCAUUCCGAGGGAAGCGAUUGCCAGGGGAGUCUUCUAGGUGGAACCAACCGGGGAUUAGCGAUUCGUACCUGCGUUGCUAAUGCUUGCGGGGAUUGUGGUUUUAUGCCUUCACUGUUCACGACAUGGAAAAAUUGUGUAUACGAAACUUGUUGCUGAUUGUCCGAGGGUCAUCUUUUGUCUAAUUACUGGUUUUCGUAUUUGUCACAGUUCGGGCAGAAAACCGUGUUUUUCUCUUGCUGCUGAACGUAGACUGCUUCGCAUGGCGGAAAUAGACGUGCUUUUGAUUGCCUAGAAUUUGCAAUUGUUUUGCCCUGUAUCAAUCUGUUAUGUAGGUGUUCAGAUCUGAUUUUUAAUGGCAUGUCUGCAUGCUUCUCUGUGUGUUAGCGAUAGAUGAUAGCUGUAAUUUUGAUUCUUGUGGCAUUUCCUGCUCCUCGGCAAGUCAAGGCCCGCGAUUAAUAAAAAUUAUUUAAUGUUGUAAAAAAUGGGCAGAUCCUUUUCUUUGACAUCGUAGAAGACUUGGACGACGGUGAA